GUCACCUCAAACCCUAUUCUUCAGACUUUCUUCCUCGUCCGUCUUCACGCCGUCGGCCAAAUUUGACAAAGAUGUCUUCGACGGUACUAUUUUUGACCUGCUAGGAUCGAUCUCGUAUACAAUUCCCUAGAUCUUUCUCUAGUUUGUGCAAAUAGCACGGCUUCGAAGGCAAUGACCAUCUCCCUUUCCCCGUUUCCCAGCGACAUAGUAUCGUCUUCCUUCCUCCACCUCCUUAAGGUGUGAAUGGCCUACUUGCUUCUUUCCGAACAAAUGUGAAUGAUAUCUUGAUGAAGCAUGAUUUACAAACGACCAUAGAAGUCUGAGGGGCACCACUAGUGAGUUGAGCGGAGUUUCAUGGUCCUAUGUUCAGUAGGUUCAGCACAAUACUAUAUUCAAAACCUACAAAAUUGUUUAUUCUGCUAAGAGCAGCAUUUCUACUGCAUCCAGAUACCUCUGUAGGUAGGUUUUCUGGAAUGUCGGCCAUGGAGUCAUUACGCCACACUCAAAAAUUUCAUUCAACAAAUUUAUUGUCAGAGAAUUUAGAUCAGCCAUCUAAUUCCCCAGAACCUUCAUAUUUGCAUGUGGAGAAUACUUGCUCGUCCAGUGUCUGCUCCACUCCAGACAUUGAAAAGAAGUAUGUUCAUCGCAUUUAUGAUGCCAUUGCACCUCAUUUCAGCUCAACUCGAUUUGCUAAGUGGCCAAAAGUUGCUAGUUUCUUGAACUCUUUGCAGCCAGGUUCUGUCAUUUUGGAUGCUGGUUGCGGAAAUGGAAAGUAUCUUGGCCUGAACCCUGAUUGCUUCUACAUAGGUUGUGAUAUAAGCCCUUCUCUAGUUGAAAUAUGCACAAGGAAAGGCCACGAAGUAAUGGUUGCUGAUGCUGUUGACCUUCCCUACAGAGAGAAUUUUGGUGAUGCUGCAAUUUCUAUCGCGGUAUUGCAUCACCUGAGCACUGAUAGUAGACGGAUAAAAGCAAUAGAGGAGUUGGUUAGGGUUGUUCGGAAGGGUGGGCUGAUUUUAAUCACUGUGUGGGCUGUUGAACAAGAAGAUAAAUCACUACUUACUAAAUGGACACCUCUCUGUCAUAAGUAUGAUGAUGAAUGGGUGAAGUCAAGCAAUCCACCUGUUCGUGGUAAUGCUGCAACCAAGUUGGAAUGUAUCCCUGAGUUAGAUGAAAGUUGUAGGCAAACAUCCAGCAGAUUGUUUGCUGGAGAAGUGGAGUCAAGAGCAGACAAAGUUAUGGACGGUGCUUCUAUUUCAUGUUCCAUUUCUGAGGGAGAGUAUUCUCCCAACGAUGGCCUAUCUGAGACCCAGCAGGAAUAUUUUGUUCCUUGGCACUUGCCAUAUCACCGUGCUGAAAUUAGUGGUGCAUCAGCUUCAGCACUUGAAUCUGGACUAGCAAAGAAGGAUGAUAAGAAAGGAGCGUUGGUAUACAACCGUUAUUACCAUGUUUUUGUUGAAGGCGAACUCCAAAGGUUGGUUUCGGGCAUAAAUAAUGCAUCAAUUGUGGACCAAUUUUAUGACAAAUCGAAUUGGUGUAUUGUUCUCGAGAAGAUCUAAGACUCUGCACGAUAAUUGUUGAAUAUUGUAGAUUCAUUUGAGAGAAUUUUGGCUGCAACUUCGAAUCCUCCUCAAUUAUUAGAAUUAUUUGUGCGCUGGCACUGGUUGAUUCUAUGGUGUCCAUGCUUUGUAUUGCUAAUUGCUAUUGACAUGAGCAAUCAGCUUAGGUCUGUAAAACAUGAAUUGAGCUUAAACUGAUGACAUUAAAAAAGCUCUGGGUUUUUUUAGCCUUCUGCGUUUCCUGAUUUAUUCAAAUGUCUAGUGGAAAAUUUCGUGGGGUUAGGUUGAUCA